AUCAAACCAGACAAUUUAUUGGUCUUUUCACUUGACGCAAAUGAGAAGGUAAAUGCUAAACUGACGGAUUUUGGAUCGUCGAGGAAUAUCAAUUUGUUGAUGACUAACAUGACCUUCACAAAGGGUAUUGGAACACCAAAGUUUAUGGCACCAGAAGUGUUAAAACAAGAGAAGUACACAAAAGCAGCAGAUGUGUAUUCAUUCGCUAUUACUAUGUACGAAACAUUUUCAUGGUUCGAGGCGUAUAGAAAAGAUCAGUUUAAGUUCCCUUGGAAAAUAGCAGAGUUCAUUAACCAAGAAAACAGACUGCCACGAAUCGACCCGAUUCAAGAAAACCAAUUUGAUGUCAUUGAAGCAUGUUGGAAACACAAUCCAAAGAGUAGAAUGGGAAUUGAAGAAGUAGUGCAACGACUUCAGGAAAUUGUUUAA